AUGCCCGAUCUCUCGAGGUUCGAUGACGGAGAUAGUGGCGAGGACGACUUCCUCGCCCGCGUCCGCGCCUCUGAGCUCGAAGAGAUCGGUGGAGAAGACGACCGAGGUGACAAAACCAAUACAAGUGGCGGCUCUUCGCUCGCGCCGUCGACUUCGCUCGCGCCCGCGUCUGCGACGUCCAAGCUCGAGCGCGCGCGCGAGAAGAAGCGCCAGGCGAAGCGAGAGCGGGCGAAAAGGCGGAAACUCGAACCGAAGCGGAUGGUGGACGAGGACGAGGACGGCAACCGGGACGGCGCCGGUGGCGACGGCUCGGAGCGGACGCGACACGGAACCUUCAGCGUCGAGGGCGUAAUGAUGGACGGUGAGCUGGUGUUGGUGGAUAAACGUACGAAAGCGGUGUACUCAAGCACGGAGCGAGGGGUGAACGGGGAGCACGUGCGGAUUGGGACGUGGGAUGACGCGACGCAGAGCUAUACGUAUUGGAAACCGGCGGAACGGAAGACAGAAUCGGACAAGGGGGUGAAAUCUGCGCUGAACGAGCGCGGAGAGACGAUCGCGAAGGUGUUCAAGGGUGAUGCAAAGUUGGCGGAGGAGUUCAAGGCGCCGACGGAGGUGGAUCAUCCGUUUGAGACGGACGCGGAUGACCACUGCGAGACGUCUCCGGAGGCGCACGAAAACGUGGCCAAUUUUUUAAAGGCGGCGUGCGGACAGUUGAACAAGUCACCGGCCGAGCUGGUGAUUUACGAUCCGUACUACUGCGCCGGCGGGGUGCGGAGGAAUCUUGCGUUGAUUGGAUUCACGAACGUCAUCAACCGUAAUGAAGACUUUUAUCAAGUGAUCGAGGAGGACCGUGUCCCGCAACAUGACGUCUUACUGACGAAUCCACCGUACUCGGAGGAUCACAUCGUAAAAUGCGUAACGUUUGCGGCUGAAAAUCUCGCGGCGCACGGGCGCCCGUACAUGCUGCUCUUGCCGUCGUACGUUAUUCACAAGGACUAUUACAUGCCAGCACUGCUCACUGGUGGCACGCGAGGGAGAGAAAAGGCGAAAGCGCUCGCCGCCGCGGCCGAAAGAGACGCUAAAGGUAGUGAUGACGACGACGACGAGGCGGAAGAGAUGAAGAUUCACAGUGGCAGUGCCAGUCGAGCACAGAUUCUGCCAUUUUACGUUGCGCCGAAGAAGCGAUACUAUUAUUGGACUCCAAAGGCCAUGAUCAAGGCUCGCGCGGCUAAGGGUCAGAGCGAGGAGAGUAUCAAGGCGCGACGAAAACGGACCCACAUCGGCGCCCUGGGCGAGCGCACGUCUCCGUUCCUGUCGUUUUGGUACUGCUGUUUUGGCACGAUGCAGCGCGACGUGUUGGCAUGGCAUAAAAGACUUCCAAGAGCGGACGUUUUUGGUUACACGUUGGCGAGACAUCCAAACGAUCUUCCCUUGGCAGUCUUAGACGAGUGGGAUCCGCGUCGUAUCGCAGCCGUGGAGAAGGCGAAAGAACAGGGUAUCGAGAUCCCUGAGCUGAGCUCGUACGCCGGUUUCACCGGAGCGAGUUCCAAGCCAGCAAAGAAAAAGUUUUACAAAUAG